AUGCGAGGGCUUUUCCUGUUCCUGAAAUUUUCUCUUGCCGGGGCGGCAGCCAUUGGAAUCCGCACUGAUACUGCCGACCAGUGCCCAGGCUAUAGUUCAAUAAACAUCAUUGAGAAUGCUCACUCUCUAACGGCAGAUCUAGUCUUGGCUGGUGACGCUUGUGAUUUGUAUGGAUCGGAUUUGCGAAAUUUAAAGUUACUCGUGGAGUACCAGACUGAUAAUCGGCUUCAUGUUAUUAUCCACGAUGCCAACGAAGAGGUCUAUCAAGUUCCUGAAACUGUUCUACCUCGCCCAUCUUCCUCUCCCAAGGCUUCAAGUUCUCAUCGUGGUAACCCUGCUAUCCGCUUCGAUUAUCAACCACAACCAUUCAGCUUUAGAGUUCUACGCGGAGACCAAAUCCUCUUUGAUACAACAGAUACCAAUAUUGUCUUUGAGAGUCAAUCUCUUAAUCUUCGGGCUUGGUUACCGGAUAAUCCAAAUCUAUAUGGUCUAGGCGAGCAUUCUGACUCGCUACGCCUACCAACGACAAGCUAUACACGUACUUUUUGGAGCCGUGAUACGUACGGUAUUCCAUCAAAUACAAAUCUAUACGGUAAUCAUCCUAUUUAUGUGGAUCAUCGUGGUGAUGCAGGUACCCAUGGUGUGUUCUUCUUAAACUCCAAUGGAAUGGAUAUAAAGAUCGAUACGCUUUAUGACGGAAAGCAAUUCUUGGAAUAUAAUACAUUAGGUGGUGUCAUUGACCUUUAUUUUCUGGCUGGUCCUACCCCUAAGGAUGUCAGUAUGCAGUACGCCGAGGUGGUGGGCUUACCAGCCAUGCAAAGCUAUUGGGCCUUGGGUGCAUGUUAUGAUUUUGGGUUCCAAGAUGAAAGAUGUUCCACAACUGAUUGUUCUUUUUAG